UGAUUGACAUUCUGGUCAAAUUCCUGCACAGGUCAAAACUAAAAAAGGAUUGCUGUGCAUUGCUGAACUGUGAUACUUCCUCUACGUGGUUCGUGUGCAUUGUGAUAUAUAUAUAUGACACAGCAAAGAACAAUUAGACUUGAUUGACGUCUAUCAAAUCUGUAAAAGGAACACAGUUAAGACUGGCGCGUCACAGAAACCAGGACACAGCUGGGAAAUUAAGUGGAGACAGACUAAGGACGGAGAGUAGCGAGCACAGAGAAGGGUGCGCUUAUGGAAUGGGUUACCUAGCCGUGCUGUUGAUGCUGAAACAUCAUGAAACGCAUUUUGUGAGAUGUAUCGCAUUGCUACACCCCUAGUCAAAAGGGGCUCCCUGAUGCAGGCAUUAGGCAACGUGGGUAUUCCUUGUGAAAUGUUAAAAGCAGCAUGUAUUAAAUCUAUCACAGUGAAAGCAUGGUGAAGCAGGAAGCAGGAUAGAUACAACACGCAGGCAAUGGUAUAACAUGAGCAUUUGUUUUUACAGCAAAAGCAAAACUGUGAAAAAUCCCAAUGCGCUUUCACCGCGAAACUGUAUGCAGUACAUUAUUGUGCUGAGCUAUGAUGAGGGCUGGAUCAAACACCAGUUUGAACAUAUUAGGACGGCUUAUGAUUUUGUGUGAAAAACAAGAGAACAAACAGCUCUAAAAAAAAAAAAUUACAAAAAAAAAAAAAAAAACGGGCAGCUAUAAAUCUGAGCUGCUCUUGCUAACUAAUGAGUUCCAGCUGCUUUGCAAAGCUACAGACACACCCUGGAGAGUUGAGACACACAAAACAGACUUCUCUGCUUUAUUUCCAUAUGGAAGUAAAAUACAUAGAGGUUUACACUUUGACCGAAUUCCAUUCUGAUCAACAAGUUCAGAAAACUUGGGAAGGCUGGGAUUCAUUUAAUGAAUUAACCAGCAGCUGAUUAGUAACUGUUUAGUUAAUUAAAAACAGCUCCCCCCCCCCAUCCCUCCCUCCCCACCCCCAAGGAAAAUGAGAUCAACUCCCUUUUAAACAUUUAUCAUGUUCUGUCAUGUUGCACGCACAGAAUAAGAAUUGGAAAUGCAUACUGAGCUGCAGAAUUACUGUACCCUUGUAAACGUCUAGAAGGUUAGUGUCCACUUCUAGGGUUCUUGUUUAUUUGUAUUGCUUCAUUGUGUUCCCCAUGCCUUCUUCAGCACUCUACGUCAGUUAGAUAAGUCGAACAGAUUUAUACCAGCCCAGCGUAUCCCCAUCAGUCACUGCUUGCACAGUUGUACCAUGUUAUGUCUCCGAUCUAUGCAUCUGUUUUAUAAUGCACACAUGUUUUUUCCUUUUUAUGGCAGGGCAACUUUUUGAACUCCGUAGAGUUCCCACUAACUGUAAGAGAUUAAGGAGAUUCCAAAUGGUUAAUGAGAACAAAGUUGGGUCAGUCUUUUUUCAGAGCCAUGGGGGUAUGCACAGAUAAAGGGAUAGGGCUUUGUGCAUUUUAGAUGUGGGACCGUUUACAAGCAAUGGAGGUAUUGCAACAUACCAUUCUGGCAUUCUCUUUCCAGCAGCCAAUCUGUAGUCUACAAUCUGUUUAUAUUUGCAGAGUGAUUCAGUGGCAUGCACUUCGGAGAAAACACACUGGGACUUUUAAUGUUGCAAAAGCGCUCCUAGACCUUGACUAACAAUCUGAGUGUGCUUAUCAGGAGGAGCGCCCAUUGAACUGCCUGUCCAAUAAGGAAGGGGCAGUUGAGAUGAUUAAAGUUAUUGCCGUAACUGGAUUUUAUUGCGUGCAUUGUGUGCUUCUGCUUUGCUGAAAUGAUCUUUUGUCAAGGGAUUAUAGGAAAUUGUAAGUGGAUGUUUGCUUCCCGUUGACUCCAGCGAAGCAGAGCAGUGGGGUUAUGCAGCUGUGCUGCGUUCGUCGCCUGGUUUGCAGCAAGGCAAGGCCUUGCAAUGUUUGAUCCAUGUGCAGACUCUAAUUGCACGGCGUCCUGAGCAAGCGCAGAAGAACGGCGUGUUCGUAUUUCUCUGCAAGGCAGCCUGCUCACACAGAAAAAGGUAGAUUGCAUUCCAGUACGAACGACCACUUAAAGGGAUAUUUUACUACUUCUACUGUUAAAUCAACAAGAAGAAGAAUCAGGCAAGCGAGUGACAAUGUGGGUUGCUAAGCUACUCAAAGCCGGGGCAGAGAGUCGGAGCGCAGACAUCUCAAAUGGUAACACAAUCGCAAUCUUUACAUCAGAUUUAUCUUCAUUUUUUCACACAACAUGUUUAAACCGAGUCAUUGGAAGGAAUGCAGAAUUUUCAACAGGAAUACAAUGAUACUUAAUUUAUCAAAAAAAAAAACUAAUGAAGAAUUUAUAGUGGAGAUCAUCUUUGAAUAUUAUUCAGGAUCCUUAUUAUCCUUAUAAAAAGAAAGUUUCUUCUAAAACUAUUAAAAUCACUCAGUAGCACCGAGUAGAUUUUUGAAGACAUUGAAAAAAGACUUGUAGUCGAUUCAUUUGACAUUGAAUGCUGGUUUAUUUCAGUGCUGGUUUAUUUUAUGAAGCAAAAUCAGAUCAUUCUCUGGGGUGAUGCACAACUUUUGGUCAGAGCUGCACUUUCACUAGACUAUUACACUUUGCUGUGGCACACUUUUCUCAGGGUUGUGUGUGGCUGGCUCAGUGUCUCAGUUAAUCAAAGAGAACUAGGUCUCCUGUAGUAGCAAUACCACCCUGCAUCUAGGGCAACCUCAUGAUGGUUUGUGAUUGAGUGCAUUUCGACAUGCUACCCAAAAAAUAGUGUCACUGCAAAACAGCACCAACUUUACCCAUGGUGGCAGGAACCACGUGUCAGAGCAGGAGUGGCCAAACUUAACCCUUCCACUCCUGGUCUUUGUUCCAACCCUGUUUUAAAUUGUUUAAUUGAACCAUCCAGACCCUGAAGCUUUAAUUAUACCAUUUUACCUGCUAAACCUGGAGUGGAAUAGCCCUCCAGGACCGGGCUUGGACACCCCUGAAGAAACGUAGACGGGACAGGGCCUGCAAUGUGUUUUAAUAAGCAUUAGGAAUCUUAACAGUUUGGAGUUUAAACGGUUGAACAUUACCCGGAUGGUAAAGGUUUUUGCCUUGACGAUUUCAUGUGAUCAGAAAUAUGCAGGUUAAAUGCAGGAUGCUGGCUUUCUACAGCAGUAGCUAUAAAGUUUGCUGAUUUCAUAUUCAGUAUUUAUUCGUAGCCCAGUCCAUAUGCAGCACGUUAAUAUUGCAGUCAUUUAUUUUAAACUCAUAAACACGUGUGCCAACAGCAGUUACAGAAAUAAAACAUUAGUAUCAUAAUUCUGUAAGGCAUUUACAGCUCUGCAACAGGAAUCGAAACUCUUUUCAACUGGUCCGAUUCUCGCCAAGGUCACGCUGUUGCAAUUCACAGAGCACAAAGUACAGAUUCCGAUAGGAUGAUAACCUGUAUCUUUUAUUUAUUUAUUUAUUUUUAACCAAAAAAAAACACAAAGGAAUUACUGUAUAUAUGCUUGGUAUGGUUUAGAUUAUGAUCAGAACUCUAGACAAAACACACGUCCUGUGCUCCCUGCUUAGACACUGCUGCGUGGAAUUGCUGAUGUGAUGGGGGUCUUGGAAAUGCAUGCACAUCUCUGUCGGGAAACGCUUAAUAUGGUUUCCAGAAAACACACACAUAGAUAGCCGUCAUCAUUUGGAAACGCGGGUGAUCGGGUGGGUUUUGGGAAGUGCUUAAACAUUUACAACCCCACCCCUCAGAAUAAAUACAUGAAUUAAUAAUUACAGCUCCCAACUACGGCGUUAUUUAAGGGAGCGCUGUAAUAUUAAUUUAUGCUGUUUGAGCGACACAAAAUCGUGUUUGAAAUGAGGCAAGCUGCAGCUGCCUUGGCCCACAGCGACCUCACAGAACACAGUCACAAGUCCAGAUAAAGCCCUGCUCUGACGAACUUGGCAGAUGAUUUCGUUAGCUCACACUGAAGAGACAGGCCUCGUCCUCCUUUAAAACAGCAUGGAGGUGAAAGGCAACUGGAGCGCGCUGCCCAGUCAAUACGAGCAUGCACAGAAAUUAAUCCUAGACUCGCUGAAGGGCUUUAAAACCUGUAAAGUAUGCAAACGUGCUUGUAGAGAUAAAAGUGAAAUCGGAAAUAAAGAAAAUAAACGUUCGCAUAGAAAGCAGAACUAGAAUGCGACAGACCACACAGGGUGACAAACCAGUACAAAACUAUGGUUAGUGCAUAGGGGAAAAGCGUAGGAAGACUGCAAAUCUACUGUCCAAAUGCAUCGUGGUACUGAAUUCUGGUGCCACUCUAUUUAUUUAGUUAUUUAAUUAUUUUUAAAUAGCAAAUCAUAUUUAUUUAUUUUUUUUUUUUUUAACUUUGCACACAUUGCCACCCGGUGGUAUAAUAUAUAUGGUUCAAACUGUGAUUCCUUUAAGAGAAGUUCUUUUAAUGUGCUGUAAUUGUAUUUUUUAAUUCAAAAUACAAACUAUUCAAUUAAGGUUUGGAAAAGCAUUUAAAUAAAUUCUUUAUCAGGUUGUAACAACCACCCCCCUAAAAUUAGCAAAGGAAAGUACAGCACCCUACUAUACAAAGUUACAUUUCUACACUCUGCAAGAAAGGUCAUAAUAAUAAUAAUAAUAAUAAUAAGAAGAAGAAGAAGAAGAAGAAGAAGAAGAAGAAGAAGAAACUUUAAUACACCUGCCUUGCAUUUGUAUGACUAAUAAAAUAGUUUUGCAAUGUAGCUAGGACGUUUUUCCUUUAACACAAAAAGUAAUGCAAAUUGAAUUAAAUAAAUGUAAUUAAUAGGCGAACAUGUAUCCGUUUCACAAAGCCAUACCUGCAAACCUACAAACUGUCAUUGAAAAAAAAAAAAACUUUCUUGUCGGUCACCUUAGAUAAACCUAGUCGUGCACCAGCCCGUGGCAAGCUUGUCAGAUCCUGAUCGUGCAGCUUGACUGGCAAGACCUGUUCCACCAACACAACUUCACAGAGGCUGCAGUGCUGAGCACGCACAAAAUAUUCAACCAAAACAUGUCUCACUUCCUUUAACUGUGGGGAGGCGCAGCUGUGAGGUACACCAGACUAGAAAACAAAUAUAAAAGCACAUCGCUGCUUUUUUUUUUUUUUUUGGUCUCCCAAAAGAGAAGCUGCUUACCUUCGUGUGUUUUUUGUUCGCGGUUGGAGAUGCUGUGCGUAUUACGCGUUGUGGGUGAAUGUCGGCUCUACUGGACUGCAAGCGAGCUGGAUUGUAAGGAUUAUGAGUUAUCGAACGACCAGAUUGUGUAGCAGCAUUUACCGAUUGCCAACGCAACCAAAAAUAAAUAAAAAAAAAAAUGUGAUCCUCGAGUGCUUUCCUGCCUCCUUGGGUUAACGACACUGACAUGACCUCUGCCUGCAUGUCAGGAGCAACCCCAGGACAAGAAUGACUCCCUGCCAAGCCUUCUAGUACUGCAAAGCUGCCACCAUGAGGAGCCUAUAUGGGCAGUAUUACAACUCAGCCUUCAUUGAGGAGCAUUACAGAUAUACAAAGAAUGUCUCCAAGGUUGGCGUCAUGAACAGCACCAAAGACGGCCUCCCCACCGUGUCCAUCUUUUUCAUACUGGUGUGCUGCGUCAUCAUUUUGGAAAACCUGCUGGUCCUGAUUGCGGUCUUUCAGAACAAGAAGUUCCAUUCUGCCAUGUACUUCUUCAUUGGCAACUUGGCCUUUUCGGACCUCCUGGCAGGAUCGGCCUACAUCGCAAACAUCUUGUGGUCCGGACGCAGAACCUUUGAACUCGUCCCUGUUCAGUGGUUUAUCCGGGAAGGUACGGCUUUUAUAGCCUUGGCAGCGUCUGUUUUCAGUCUGCUGGCCAUUGCCAUUGAGCGCUACAUCGCCAUCACCAAGGUCAAGGUCUACGGAAGCAACAAGAGCUGUCGAAUGUUCUUCCUGAUUGGCGCUUGUUGGAUGACUUCCAUAGUUCUUGGCGGCUUACCAAUAAUGGGGUGGAACUGCAUGAAUGCCCUCCCGCUGUGUUCCGCUGUCCUGCCUCUAUACUCCAAGAGGUACAUCUUGUUUGUGGUCACCAUCUUCUCCAUCAUCCUUUUGUCGAUUGUGAUCCUCUACGUGCGCAUCUACCUGAUUGUCAAGUCCAGCCGGCGGGAGGCCACCGCGUCACCGGCUUACGCCUUGCUGAAGACGGUCACCAUCGUUCUCGGGGUCUUCAUUGUCUGCUGGCUGCCCAGUUUCAUCAUGCUCAUCCUGGACGUCUCCUGCCCAACCCAGGCUUGCCCGAUACUCUACAAGGCGCAUUAUACCUUCGGGUUUGCGACCCUCAACUCUCUCCUCAACCCAAUCAUUUACACGCUGAGGAGCAAGGACAUGCGCAAGGAGUUCUUGAGGGUCCUCUGCUGCUGGUGGAUCCUGAAAAGUGGGCGCUCCAAGGACCGCUGCAUGAUUCCUCUUAAGAGCUCCAGCUCUUUAGAACACUGCACCCACAAACACGAACACCACACCCCCAUCAUGCAGGACUGUACUACGUGCGUAUAAGCUUCAGUGUUACUGAAUCCCAAGUUUUUAUUGGGGGAUGGGGGUUACAAAUAUGGGAUGAUCAAAUACCAAAGACUGUCAGGUUAUAAGAGUUGUGCCUGUCGAACAAACAGCCCACUAAGAUCAAGUUUUACGGAGACACUUUUAACCCAAGAGGUGUAAUUCAGGAAAGAAUCAGUCCAGUUGUGCUCCGCUGAGCUGCUCAGAGAUAUUACGAAUGCAUUCACCAAGGGGUACAUCAGAUUAGGUCCUGACAGAUUUAGCACUUGACCAGAGGUUCAUUUCCAUCAAUCUGAAUCCCACACAGGGAUGAGUUUUGAUACCACUGUAUCCGUCAUAGUGAGGUUCUGUUGUCAUUUUGAGUCUUGUGUGGGAUGAUUCAUCAAUUACAAGCUCCUGUGCAGUUAUGUUCAGUGCACUAUACUGUACAAUUUUUUUGUUUUAAGAAAUUGUGAACAAAUUCAAUCUUGUUAUAGGUGGAAGACUGAGAGGACAGGAGAGUGAAUCCUCAAUCCUGGACUGGAGGGAGCACCCUUUCUUUUAGGGGUGAGGGAGGGAGCAGUUCAG